UUAAAUUUUUAGAAAGAUAAUUUCUAUAUGAUAAAAAUUUGAUUCAAUGUGAUAAAAGAUUAAUUAAUUUAUCUAUUUGAUAAAUGGUUGAAGUUAUGUUGUGCUUUCAUCAUAUCCAUGUUUUGUUAUGAAGCUUUCUUCUUUUGACUCUGAAUUCCGGUUUCACUCCAAGUUAUGUUCAUAACAUGUCCAACAUGGAAUAGUUGAAUGGAUUUGAAAUUAGCAUGGCAUAUUAUCUAACAGAAGUUUUAGCCCCUAAAAUGCAGCUAAUAUUGGGUACAGUUAGAUAGUUAGCAGUUAUGCUAUUGUUUGUAGUAUCAAUUAUUAAGUUUGAUAUCUUAUAUUUAAGUUUCUGAUUUUUCUUAAGCCUUUUGGGCUUGUUAAAAUUUAGAACAUUUUCUUGUGAAACUUCUUGUCUCAUUCUCGCUCUCAAUCAUUGCGUUUAAUAAAUUUAAUUGGUUUUUUGUUCCACCUUAUCCUGUAAUUAAUCAGUUUCAUGGAGAAUCGAGUAUGGAGUUUCUCAUUUGUCUCAGUUUAGCUAGUGUGUUAUCUAAAAUGCAUCUAUCAUUAAGUGUUGUUAUUUAGUAGGUAGAGAAGGAAAACUCCAUCUAAAAUUUUCUUCUAAAUAUUUGCUCAUAAGUCAUAACUUAGUAUAUUUGGUUAAUUUUUUUCUUUGCUGAAUCAAAUCGCUUGUACUUUUAAUGGCAUGCCACAUUUAUUCUAUAAUGAUCAUUAAAUCAAGAGCAAACUGGGUUUUGGUAUAAUAUACAAUUAUUCAUUACCUUGUUUACAGAUUUGCAAACAUCACUUAUGAACAGGUCUAUAAAUUCAUCUUGGUUUCACCUCCUACUCAAGUUCAGCUUUUAUUUACAACGAUCAUAAGAAUCUCAAACCACUAAGGCUUAUAAAUUACUGAGUAUAGUGGCAUAUUGCAUCUUAAGAUUGGAAAAUAGCAGAAUAAGAGGAAAGAUUAAGCGGGGAGGAAAGCUUUUCCUGGAAAACAAUAGAUCUGUCCAUUGGUUACUUGGGCAGAUGGACUUCCAGGAAGAUAUGAUGCCUUCUUGGUAACUUGCAGGAACUGAACAUGGUUGUAGUCUCAAACCUAGAAAAACAUGCAUGAACCUUGCAGCAGGACCAUUUGCGACAUUUUUCUUUGGGUUACGGGUGAGUACAUGACAAUGGUUUAACAACGUUGGCAUGAAAAACACAAGGAGGAUUAUCAAUCUUGGAGAAGGAUUUGGGAUCAAUAAUGAAAUCAUUUUCCAAUGAGACAUGUGUAUCUCAUUUGGGAUCUGACGUUCAGAAUUAUCCAUCGGAUAUCUUCUCUCUCUUGACAAUAUCUCCCAUUUAAAGCCUGAUGUUUUUGCCAAGACCCAUAAUCUUGUUCGAGCUCCAUGGUCCAGAUGCACCUCCACUCACAUUUGAGGUUCAACCAAGGCUCUGCUGCACAUGCAGUUCUUUACCUUUCCAAACACCUCAGAAUUAGUAGGGCUGUAUGCUGAUGCUAAAAUGUUCAACUUCCCAAACGAGCAAACUUAUCUUUAAGAUUUUUGUUUUGUGUUACCUCUGAUAUAGAACUUGUGAUUUAUGAUAUUUAUUGUCUGGAUGAGGGUUUUGAUCCCAUAUGAUGACUCACGCUGUCAAACAAACAAUAUCUUUUGGCCAAUAAAGUCUGAGUGAAAGUGAAUCUCUUCUGUUGUGAAACCAAGUAUCAGGUUGGAAUUUGACAAAAUCUCGCUACAAGUUGUUACUAACGUGGCAUUUUUUUUAACCUUUUCUCUCUAUUGAAAAGCUUCGUAUCAUACAUUGUUGGUUUGGUUUCUCUAAGCAUGUUCCUGAGUAAUUCUGUAGGACUUGCAUCUUUUGCGGGGGUGCUAUUCUGAUUGACUAUACAUUUUUAAUAUGCUAGCAACAGUAUUCCAAGUAACAUCGAAUUUUAUAUUCUUCAAACUUGCACCGAACGGACAGAGGGAUGUUUGAGCAUCAUUCCUGAAUUCUCAUGUAGGGUAAUUAUUUCUGUUUAUUUUAUUAACUUCUACCAGUCACGUUUGAAAAUAGAAGAUCAAUUACUUAAAGCUUGAAUUUGAUAUUAGUUGAGAUUAUAUCUUAUUUGGUAGUGUUUUUCUUAGAAUUUAUGUUUAUUAAACAACAUUUUAAAGCUCAUAGACUGUAGUUUAGGCAGUUAGUGUCAGAAGAUCAUGCAAAUUUGGCAAGUUGUGUUGAAUAAUUCAUAUAUGUUUCCAAAAUGUAGCUUUAUGUAUCACAAGAAUGUAUUUAUUUAUCAUUUUGGAUACAGAGGACUUUUGUGGUUAAGGUGCAGACUGCAGGAUUUCUGUUUCUUCUACAAAAACUAAGCCUAGGGACUCCAACAUUAUCUCGUUUGGGCAGUAGCGGUCUGAAGGUCGUACCAAUUGUGCAAAUAUUGAAUAAGUUUGUAUCUGUUUCCAAAUUGUGGCUUCAUGUGUCAUAUUUUUGUUUGUACGAAAGCUACUACUUUUGUAACAAAAUAAAUGUUUAUGGCAUCUUGGAUGUCUUGCAGCCGAGCAAAAAUGCAAGCGAAUGUAGAAUGGUGGCAGGAAUAUAUCUGCGAUGACAUGCAUUUUAUGGUAUCACUGAGUUUCAUCACAAUGAUUAUCUGUUGCCUAUCGUUGUUCUCAUCGGUUGAUUUAUUCUUGCACUGGAACCAGUAUAUAUUGAAUUCAGUCACCAUCACUUGGGCUUUCCAGAUUAGCAGUGCCAGAUUUUACAUAUUGGUCAUCGUUAAAUUUGUUGCUGACCUAUCUGAGGAAUUUAAUGGCUUAAAUUCAUAGAUUGAUUGAUAUUUUUAUGGCUAUAUUUUGUUGAUUGCAGAUAUUAGUUGCUACAUUCAUGGAUUGCCGAAGUCACAGAUUUAGGUGAAUCUUUCAUCUGACUGAAUACGUCAUGGGCAAUUGCAUUUUCUGCCAAUUUGUGACAACUCUCCUAGAAUUGUUCUGACUACAGGAAAAUAUGAGAGCCCUUCAUUUUGGUUAGAAGUUGAGCCAUUCAGAUUUGACUCUUGCAUUACUGCACAUUUGUUUUUUUUUUUUUUUUUUGUCAUAUGAUAUCUUGCAAGGAAAAGAAAAGGAAAAUAUGAGUGAGGUUAGAUAGGAGGAUAUUGAAAGGCAUGGUACACUCCUAGUCCCACAAUUUGGCAACCUACUGUCCAAGCAAACCAAGAAACAAGUUUGGGAUGAGAGGAAAAAAAAGGUAGAUAGGAAAGGUAAGAUGAUACCGACUCGUUCAGUGAGUUCAAGCUGCGGUUUUCGGGUUGUUGAAUUGGUUGGUUGGUCCGGUUCACAACAACUUUGGUAUGCACAAUUUUGGGAACAAAAGAAUCAGUCUUUAAGCUUGUGACUUGCUAAACAUGUUUUUGCGUUCUCUUUAUUUAUUUAUUUUCCUUGAGUUAUUGCGAUGCGGCUUUGAAACAGUUCAAAUUUGCCUUCCUGGAGAAUGUCUUUAAUGACUUGCUCUUUGGAUCUCCAAGCUGAUUAACUUGUUUGCAUCCACUGAUCAACCUCGGUUUUUUUUAACUUUCAAAAUGAUCUCAAUUAUAAAAACAGGAUUUUUCUUUAAUUUGUCUUUUCCUCAGAUGGAGUUAAAUGAGUACAAUGGCAUGAGAAAGGUUCCGCCUCUUCAGAGCAUCUAAACUGACACAAAGUAUGCGCGGUGGAGUCCAAGUUGUAUUGGGAGGCAUGCCCGCCCUUUGAGCCAAGUGUUUUCUCACCACCUCCAUGAGCUCUAACUCAAGCCACUUGGCUCCAUCUGACAGCAGCACUCUUUAACCAUGGUUAAGAGUUGAACAAAUCCAUCCAUUUAUGAGUUGUCACUGUAAAUCCAUGGUCAAGCUGAAACCACCUCCCCUUCCUCUCCUAUAUAUGCACUCACAAACAUCCUCCGUCAAUUGUUCCAAUCUCCGAAUCCAGGAAAGGCUCUCCUCCCACCUCCUCCUCAAACGUGUUUCUAGUGACCAAAGCCGAGAAGCCAAGUCUCUCCAAGAAAGCUUCCAACUCAGAGAAGAAGAAGAAGAAUUUGGACCUGUACUGUGUCUCCAAGCUGGUUGGCACACCAGAACUGGGUCUCCAAGCUGAUUAACUUAUGGAGUUAAAUGAGAACAAUGGCAUGAGAAAGGUUCCACCUCUUCUUCAGAGCAGCUAAAUUGACACCUAAAUGUGCGCUGUGCAGACGAAGUUCUAUUGGGAGGCAUGCCAGCUCUCGUCUCUCACCACCUCCAUGAACUCUAACUCAAGCCACUUGGUUUACCAUGGUUAAGAGUUAAGCAAAUCCAUCCAUUGAGUUGUCACUGUAAACCCAUGGUCAAGCUUAAAACAACCCCUUCCUCUCCCUAUAUUUGCACUCCACACUUGCCUCGUUGAUCACUGUAAGCAACCUCCUUCAGUUGUUCCAAUCUCCAAACCCAUGAAAAGCUCUCCUUCCACCUCCACCUCCACCUCCACCUCCUCCUCCUCCUCCUCCAAUGUGUUUCAAGUGACCAAAGUCAGGAAGCCAAGGCUCUCCAAGAAAGCUUCCCACUCAGAGAAGAAGAAGAAGAAUUUGGACAACGGCAAUGGCAAGAGAAGCUCUUCUUUCAGAGGCGUCACUAGGCAUAGAUGGACUGGGAGGUAUGAAGCUCACUUGUGGGACAAGCUUUUCUGGAACCCCCUUCAGAAGAAGAAAGGAAGACAAGUUUAUUUAGGGGCUUAUGAUGAUGAAGAAGCUGCAGCUAGGACGUAUGAUCUUGCUGCACUCAAAUAUUGGGGUCCUGAAACAGCUCUGAAUUUUCCUUUUGAUACCUACAGAAAGGACUACGAAGAGAUGCAAAGCAUGUCGAAGGAGGAGUACUUGGCUUCUCUCAGGCGCAGGAGCAAUGGGUUCUCAAGAGGCGUCUCCAAGUACCGUGGGGUGGCCAGGCACCACCACAAUGGGAGGUGGGAGGCAAGGAUUGGAAGAGUUUUUGGCAACAAGUAUCUCUAUCUGGGAACCUUCAGCACACAGGAGGAGGCAGCCCAAGCUUACGACCUCGCGGCGAUUGAGUACAGAGGCCCCAAUGCAGUCACCAACUUCGACAUCAGCAACUACAUGAACUGCCAGAAGGUACCUGCCACAUCCACAAGCACUCCGGAAGCUCCUCCUCCGGAGGUGAACCAAGAUUACUACAACUCUGAGGAACUUCAAGCCGAGGGCCAGAGUGUUGUCGAAGAAGAAAACUUGAUGCCUUGGAGUCCUUUCAUGGAUCAAUUCUUCGACGGCAGCUUCUUCUCCGGCAGUGGGUUUGAAGACAAUCUGGAGGUCCUCUUCGAGAAAGAAGGAAAUGCCGCUGCAAAAGAUUGCAUCUUUGAUGAGUCUGCAAUGGUGGUCGGAGAAGUUGGGUGAGGGUAAAGAGUGCUUUUGCUAUGGCCAUUGUGGUGGCGGCAGAGGUGGAUUUUUUUUUUUUUUUGUGUGUUUGGUACUGCAAGAAACACUUCUGACCUUUUUUGCUAA